UCCCUCCCCGCGUUCCAGCCGCUCCUUUGUUCGGCGGGCCGGUUGCCUAGCGAAGCCCCUGCCGCCCCCGGCCCAGAGCCCGACCCGGCCAGGACGGAGGGUCCCCGGAGCCCCAUGGCCCCCCGGCGGCUGGCGCUGGCGCUGCUGGGCUGCUGGCUGUGGGCGGCCGGCGGGCUGGCGCAGGGGCCGCUCGGCGAGGAGGAGGAGGCGGAGGACGGGGCGCUGGUCUCGGCGCCCCCCGAGCUGCUGGAGAAGCUGCCCGCCGCCGCCAAGGCCACGGUGGCCGCCGGCUACGUCAACCCGUCCGAGGCGGAGGCGGAGGCCACCAAGGAGCUGCCGCUGGUGCCCGCCACCCCUCCGGGGACCCGGCCGGCCGGCUCCACGGCCCACGAGGCGGUGCUGAUCGUGGGCGACACGCGCUACGCCUGGCAGGAGUGGAGCGCCUGGCAUUGCAACUGCGCGGCCGGCAGCAUGGCCCGCGUGCGCGACAUCACCUACGCCCUGCCGGACGUGCGCCUGGAUCCCGCGCAGUACGACCUGCUCCGCUUCGAGCGGGUGGUCUGCAGCUACGCCGUCUGCGCCUGCAACCGCCACAAGCACCAGUGCGACCUGCUGGCGCCCCGGUGCGAGCUGGGCCAGAUGCACCUGUGCGCCUUGCGCGACAUCCAGAGCGACCAGGAUGACAAACGGCGGCGCUUCUGGGCGCAGGUCAACGGCGGGCUGAAGGCGCUCUGGCGCAGCCUGAAGGAGGCCUUCCCCAGCGGGAAGAAGUCGAAAACAAUUCAAGUAAAGAGCAGCCACUGACCACGGGUUCAAAAGACGCCGGAGCGGAGCAGCCUGACCGAGGCAACACCGAGAUUGACCAGCCGAUACAAUUCACAAGACCCCUGCCCAAUUUUUUUCCCCCUGUUAACAAAGCGAAUGAGUUUAUUUUCAAGGAAUUGGAAGGACCCUUGGUUUGGGCAAAGAACCUGCUUUUUUUGCUGGUAGCAUUUCCCUCGUCUUUCUCAAAAGACCCUUCCAAAAAAAAAAAAAA